CCAGUCCUCUUGUCUAUCUUAUCAGCUGCACAGUCUAUCGCGGAUUCCAAUUUGGACGCGAUAAGAUAAGAGUUCUUUUGUGCAGCACUUUCCAGUCUUCAUUCGUGCAAAAUCAGCAGUGGAGUGAAUUUGGUGGUUCUUGAAUGAAUAUUCAUCGGAGGAUCGAGAGGACUUUUCAGAACUUCAUGGCGACAAUUCCAGUCUACAAUCCAAUCAGCCCAUUCUUGGGCCUCAUUCCGGGAGGCUUCAGGGUGGGACAGAUGAUCAGGGUGAAAGGAGUGGUGAAUUACUAUGGAAACAGAUUCCAGAUAAACAUCCAAACGGGCCCCGCUUUGCGCCCACGAGACGAUGUCGGCCUGCACCUGAGCGUGCGUGUGCAGGAGCACGCCAUCGUGCGCAACACGUUGACCAGUCAGAUUUGGGCCGCGGAAGAGCGACACGGUGGAUGCCCUCUGAAUCCCGGACAGCACUUUGACAUUCUCAUCCUCGCCGAGCACUCAUGCUACAAGAUCGCCAUCAACGGAACGCACUUCUGCACCUUCAACCAUCGCAUGUCGCUGGGAAGGAUGCAGUUCAUCUCGGUGGACGGCGAGGUCACGAUCAACUCCAUCACGCAGGAGGGCGACACUUCGGGUCAGAGCAGCUACCAGCCUCCAAUGCCAGUUCCAGCCACAGGCCAUUAUCCUCCCAUGCCUUAUGGCGGUUCCGGUCCCCCAGGGGGCGCCUACGGCAAUCCCUACGGCAAUCCAUAUGGCGGAUCUGCUCCACCCGCACCCCCACCGCCCCCGUACAGUCCACAUCCAGUCGGCUACGGGCAGCCUGGCGUUGUCUAUCAACCGAUUCAACCCAUGAACUCAAAUAUGACUGCAUCCGGAACGGCUUACGGUGCGGGAUAUCCGCAAUUUCAGAAGAAGAAAUCAAAUAAGGCUCUGAAAUAUGCGGCCGGAGCCGCCGGCGUGGGUGCCGGAAUUGGCCUCACCGCCCUGGCCAUCUCCAGCCUUGCCGGCGGAGGAGACGGAGACUGUGACGACUGUGGAGACGUCGAUAUUGAUCUCUGAGAAGCAUCAGAAGUUUGCCGCUGAAUUGCUGAUUAUACGUUUUAUUCACUUUCAUGGAUAGAGAAUUUUUGUGAAAACGAAGAAAAAAAAAAUUGAGGAUUCUGCACAAUAUUAAA